AAAAAGGUUACCAAUUAAAGGGUACAGGGCUGCCAGAAUAGUAGAGCACAACCUAAGCAUCCCCCUCGUGAGAUCUUCGUGCACCCUUCGGUUUGUACAGUUCAUCCCGCAACGGGGUUAAAAAUGAAGUUGCGUACCGUUCAUUCCGUUCAUUUCAUUCAACGAAAGUCGUGAACGUUCGAAUUACUACACUCGACAUCAUCAGCCGAGCUGGAUGCGUGCGUGCAGUUGGUGGGCCGUACAGCGAGCCAGUUUUCGAACAACAACCGUCACCGCAUCAUCGGUCGCGAUCGGUACUUUCGUGUCCGCUUGUUUCAGUUUGUGUUCUCGCGACAACUUUUCCACCACGGCACGGGUGGAUGCCUGCGCCUUACGAAAAGGUGUGCUCAUCAUUGUGUCGGUGUAUCGGGUGUUUUUGGCAUGGUGCAAUAAAAAAUUUACCGAAUAUUAAAUCGAAAAAAAAGUGUUGUAAACUAAGCGUUGCAAGGGGAUGUGAUGGGUAAUUAUGGUAACAAAAGUGAAAUAAAUAGGGAAACAAAGUGAAGUUAAAAAUUUCGUACUAAAUUUGUGAAACAAAAAAUAAAGUUUUGGAAAACCGUGUAUAAAAGAAGAAAACAUCAAAAUCCCAAGUUGUUGUUAAAAAAAGUGCAUAAACGAACGGUGAAUUGGUUCUACGAUUGUGGUCUUGUAAUCAGCGUUAUCUCAACAGUGGAAGCGAAACGAGCGAAUCAAAGUGCUUUUCUCUCGGUGUGUGUCCACUGGCAAACACAACAACAUCUAGUGGUGAUAGGAAGCUUGUGCCACAGCAUCACCACGCGCUAAUGCUGACGUGCGUCUGCACGAUGUGCUAUGGCCGGUAGGAUUGGGUCCGACCGUAACCAUACACUCCCGCCGCGGUACGGCUUUAGGAGGCGGUGGCAGCAAGCGGUACGGCGUGUACGACAACAUUCCGUGCGUGCGUGCGUUCCGUGCGUCCCGGAGGCACACGGCAGCUGCUGCUGCACCCGCCACACACGUUGAAGGCCGCCCGAAGGAUGAUGGGACGCGGUCUGGCAGCGCACGGGACGUAUGUAGUGUGCUGCGGGCAGUGUAAUGUGCAGGUGCAUCUAGAACUGGGCCACGCACUGGCCAGUUCCUUCCGACGUGCCAUUGUUGCAAGUGUUGAAGUGAAUUCCGUGCGUGCUUGCUAGAUCCUUACGUUGCAAAUUUGCUCAGUGUUCCCGUGUGUCUCUGUGUGCGUCCGUGUCGGUGUCGGUGAGACGCAUCUAUGUGAGUGUGUGCAGGUGCCCGUGGACGUCGCUCCACGAGAGGCCGGUGAAGGUUCAUGCUCAGUGGCAGGAUUCGUCGGAGGGCCCUGGCCCUGCUGGGCGCCCUCCUGUUGGUGAUCCUCGUCUGGCCUCCCUGCUGCGCCACCAUGCCGAAACCGUUGCCGGUUGUUCCGCCGACCGCUCCCUGGGACAUAGUGCCACCGACCCGACCCCAUCCAGCGGCCGCCGUACUACCGGUACCGCUGCAACCGUGGACGAAUGGGGUGGGUACGUUGACGGCUAAACGGCAGCACGUCCCGCUCGGACUCGGCAGUGAACGGCAGCAACAGGGCCAGGAACAGCAGCAGCAGCAGCAGCAGGAACCAGCAGAAUCGGAGAGUCGGAAGAGCCGGCGAGUCAGUGAGUUUUAUCGCUUGUUGCGUGCCCUCAGUCCGAUCGCCCAACCGACACCAACAGUUGAACCGUACGAACGAAGACAGAGUGCAGUGAGUGCAGUGCAGUUAAAUUUACCGUCGCGCGAAAAUAGCGCCGUACGCGACGCGCGUGAUUAUUUAAUAGAACCGAUCGAUAAAAAUAAGUCCCAAUCGAGUGUGCUCGAUCCCUCCGCGCAGGAUAACGCGCCCGUCCGUGCAAACGCCAAGUUCGAUGACACGGAUCCAUCGUCUGUGCUGGUACGAAGUAGACGCGAGGCAGCGUCCGCCAAUCCUCACCGUCACCAGCAUCAGGUUGGGUCCGUUGGUCCACAGAACGGGACGGGUGUGUGGCAUGGGCGACGAGGUGGCGGUGGCCGACAUCAUCAUCCUCAUCAACAGCAGCAGCAGCAGCAUCACCGAAACAAUGAAUCGAAUCUCGAGCGGAACGAACGUUCUGCCAACCUGUCGCAUAUAACCGGUGCGACACGCAAGAUCCAGCUGUUCAUCAAGAACCGCUACAUACAGCUGCUGCCCGACGGUACCGUCAACGGCACGUACGAUGAUCUCAGCGACUACACGAUUCUACAGCGGACAACCGUCGGGAUAGGACAGAUCAAAAUUCAAGCCGUUGCGACGUGUCUGUUCCUCUGCAUGGACACCUGCGGUAGCGUCUACGGUUCGAAAGAGUUCACCGACGAUUGCAUCUUCAACGAGCAGAUGGAGCAGCAUCACUACAACACGUAUUCGUCCACACAACACUCGAAUGCGCGUCGAACGCUUUACCUGGCGCUCAAUAAAACGGGCCAACCACGCAAAAUUCAGAUCCCAGUCAACCGUACACUAGGCAAGUUGGCCACCUACACCAAGGCGCUCACCCAAACGGUGGCCCACGAUCGGGUGGAGCAGCUCAUCUCGCGUCUGUUCGGUGCCGAUCACGUUCGACAUGGGUUGAACCAGCUGUGCGAAACCGGGCAACCCUUGGUUGAGUUGACGGCAAAGGAAAUGCGUCCCAGACCGGUCUGUGGUCCGCAGGCUGGAACGGCGAAAGGGGUAGCAACCGCCACAUCGGCGGGUAGUGGUGGUAGUGGAGCGGGUGGUGGUAAGAAGAACAAUCAGCCAAAUGCUUCUGGUAAAGACGAGAAGGAUGGGCUGCGACAGAAGAAGAAGAAAAAGCGACGGAAAUGUCGUGAGGAUGAGGUGCCGGGAGAGCACUGCUUCCGACCGGGUGGCCCGGGCACAGGCGUAGGUGGUACAAAUAGUGGUAAGAAGAAGGCAGGCCCCAACCAGGGACAGCCCCGGGGCAGUAGUAGUAUUAGUAGCGAUAGUGGCAGUAUCAGCCCUAGCAGUAGCAAUAGUUCCGUAGGUAGCAGUAGCGCAGGCACCAACCAGUCAGCCAUUCUCAGCAAUGUCACCAGCAGCAGCAGCAGUAGUAGUAUUAGCAACAGCAGCAGUGCAAAUAGUCUAAUAGCAAGUAUUAGCAACGGUGGGCCCAACCGUUCGGGUCAACCGUACGCCCAACUCACAGCAACACCAAAUACCCGGAAGCCGAAACCAACGAAAAAGCUCCCAGCGGGUUCGCGAAACGGAACGCAACCACCGAACGGCCCAAGUCGGAAACCGAAAAAACCUAACCAACAACAAUCGCAACCCCAAACGAUCAACGGAAAGCGUAACGGCAGCGGUGGCAAUCACACCAAACCUGGUGGUCCAACCAAGACCAGGCUGGUGGGUGCGAGUAUAGUGACCAGCAGGUUGAGCCAUCCCAAGCCGGCCUCGUUGACGGUCGCGCGAACAGUACGACCAACGGUACCGUUUCCAUUAGCAACAGCCCGACCCACCACCAAACCGACCACGAUCAGCAACGAUCUUCAGGAUACCUCGCAACAGUCCGAUUCCGAUGCCGAGCUCGAUAUGGACGAUGUGCUGCAACCGUCUGGCGAGCUCGUGGACGAGCUGGACGAGCUCGACGAAGUUCCAGGAUCUCCCACAGCUUCCUCCUGGCACGAAUUGCUCCCCACCAGCUCGGUAUCCGAGCAGCGCAGCCGCUACAAAGCGUUAUCCUGCUGUAGUUUCCUUAGCCUAAGCACCCUCAUUGUGUACGGUGCCACUGUGCAUUUGCUCUAUCUAUGAUCGGCGAUCGAAGAGAUGUUGCACUACCGCUAGCACCCUGUGUGACACGAACCAAAAUGCACGAAGCGCGACUAAAAUUAAUCCCAACAGCAAGCAAACAGUGAUCGAUAGUUUCGGAGGUGGAAUCGGUUGAUGCAACGGUUGAUCACGGUUAAUUGAAUCAAUUGGCAGUAAAAGAAGUAAGGUGAAUGCGUAAAGGGGUAGUAUAAAAUCUCAUUCAAACACGGUGACGAACCAUAGAUUAACGGUCGAGACUGAUUUUUAUUGUUUUUUCUCCAAUUCUUGGCGGUAGCGUCCGUUCAAAGUUCAAUUCCUUCAUUGAUUUGUGAAACGCUUUGCGGUUGCUUUGCUGAAUGUUUUAAGUCCCAUUAAACAAAACUGUUUGGAGCUACAUGUCUAACGCUAACCAUUCGUUUGAAUUUCCACCUUUCGCAGCUUACAUCCAUGUUUCCACAGCACUAACGUUGGCAAAUUAACAUUUACAGUGAACUAUUGCAGAUGUACGUCCAGUCAGAUCAAUUUCCCUGAAAACCACACAGACACAUCACACAGCAAGGACCAAUAAAAUAGAUCAUAGGUUAUUUGUUUCUGGUUCUGAAAUGCUUCCAUGACGUCUAUAACUGUAGCUUACUAUUUAAACAUAUUCUAAGGAGUCCUCAGUAGAGGAGUCCGUUGCUGCUGCAGAAGUAAUUCAUCUGUCUGGCGUUCAUAGAAGUUCCGGUUCUAUGCGGUACUGCUUGUACAUAGUUAGUGUAUAAGUGAGGUUAAAGUAUUGCAAAGUUCUUCACCAGUCAUCUAAUACGCUCGAUAAGUACCAAUGCCUUUACCGGUGUCCCAAAUUUUAUUUAUGUCUUCGUUGUAAAUGUUGAUAGAAUUUCGAUUUUUUCAAAAGAGAGAGAGAGAGAGAGUUGAAAAAAACACGUUUAGAAUCUGUGCUUUAUUUGUUUGUAACAAGGCAGAUGCUGUGUAUAUUGGAGCUGCAAAUCUAGCUACAAAGAUUUGAUACACAAAAUCGUAGAAUUUCAGUUCGUACAGCAGAACACCGUAACGGAACGGAUCUGAUUCUAGGUAAUAUCUAUAGAGAACCGUAUACUAACCCUUUGAUCCAGGAAUCCAGGAAAGAUGAUACCUGCAGAUAUUUCAACACAGCGUAGGCAAUCGUUAUCCAGACAUCAAGAGCCUUUUGCAAUCAAGUUUAGCUUUCAGACAAAUGUUUCCGAAUACAGUUCCGAUAAGCUGAUACUUAUCCGAUAAGCUGAACCGUAGACGUAAAAAUACUCAACACAAAAGCAACAUCUUGUACGAGAUCUAACUCAGGAGUUCAGAAUUCGAACAACACUUACUAGACAAUUAAGCUAAUGAUGCGCGAGACUACCUGUAGACACCUUGUAAAGGUUAGAGCCCGCACCCAACACUAACCAGACGCUACCGCAUCUGAACGAAUAGGGGUAAACGCAACAGCGAGCCAUCCCAUGGGGCAGCUCCGGAUUGUGACGAGUCGAUCGUUCGAUUCUAUGUUGAAAAUCCAUGCACAUCUGCCCCGUAUACGAACGAGCAGGAGUAAAACACAAGUAAUACCAAAUAGUGCAAGUCUUAGUAGAGCGUAGUUUUGGUAAGAUUUAGCGUUAAAAGCCUGACCUCGUUCUCACACAGCAAACGAUAGACAAUAAUAGAAUAUUUUCAGGAUCCAACGCUUCAAGCCUUAACUUCGUAACAUAAUCGAGAAAAAAAAACAAAAUUGCAAAAAUAAAUACGAAUAGUUGACUGCCUCUAUGCCGAUUAUUUUAACUCUCAAGAACCAUAUACCCAUAACUGUUUAAUAGUCACGUCUGAAAUGGUAAUCGAUCUUUUAAGGAGACGAUACCUAAAAUCGAGCAUAUUAUUUAUUGAUAAAAGCUGUAAUACUGUUGCUUCAGCAAACUGCCAAUAGAAACAGCCAUGAACUUUCUGGGUUUCUGGGGUCACUUCACGUGUACAACCCCUGCGUUCCUGCUACUGCGAAAUCGUAUUUUUUCUUUAAUACAUUACAUUGAAUUCUUCUAGUCAUUAAUAACUUAUUUAGUUAUGCUAAAACCCAUUACCCAUCCGUGUGUGAGGUAAUCAGAACGAUCUUGUGAUUGUGCUUUACUUUUAAUCGAUGAAUAGGGGAUUUUUUUCGAAAUUUUUAACCCACUGACGUCUCUCGAAAUAAACCUUAAAAACCUCAACACAGCUUGAAUCGCUUAAUGCAUUAAUCACAUAGGUAGUUAAAAACAAAACACAGUAAAUGUUUAUAAAUGUACGCACAUUUUGGUUGCGUUAUGUCACUCUUUGUUAAGGAGAGAAGGAAUAGGUGAAGUUUCAUGCUGCUUAAAUGAAAGCGGGCGAGUAAGUCAAUGCCUAACAGUAUCGAAGAACUGAGUGCCAUAAAAUAUUGUAGAAAAAGAGAAUGUAAAAAGCAUUAGCGUUACUCAAGCAAUAGCAUUUGAAGUCAACAUCCAUGAAGCCUAAAGUUAUUGUUUAACAUGAAACAUCAAAACUUUAAUAAUAUUUUUCAAAAAUCUCAUUCGAAUUAUGUUAUUUUUUCAUUGUACUGUUUUUUUAACAUCGUUCAACGGCAAAUGAAUUUUAUUUUUCAUGCAUUAUUUGCAUCGUAAAGACCAAAACCAUGGAUGGAACGCUUGAUCAAAAACUAUUUGCUUGGCGUGAAGUAAAUGCUACCACGUGAGAGAGAGUCGGCUCAUUUAUAAAUGACGCAUUCGGCCACACACGCAAUAUCAUAGAUCGUUCUUUAAUUACAUCACAAAGUAGCAUAGCACAUUGUACAGAACAGCUUUGCAAAACGAACCUGAACGAACGUAAAGUAUCAUGCAUUGGAAUUGACUUAAAAGACGAAUAUGAGCAAGGUUUUAGCAUGAAGUAACCAUAACAUAAGUCACUUUUCCCAGUGAAAAAGAAAUAAUUUGAAAAUAACGAAAAAUGUACUACGAAAAUGUGCGAAAUGGAUUUCAGCAGUAAAAAAAUAAAUUGUGUAUUUGUAAAUAGUAGAAAUUAAAAAAAAGGUCAGAACACACACAAAACAAAACAAAAAACCUUAAACAAAAGCAACGAAUAUUAAACGUUACAAAGUAAGUGGACAAACAUUAAGAAAAAGUAAGAAAAUCAUAAAAAACGCUAAAUCUAGUAAUUGUGCUUAUAAAACCAUGUGAAAGUAAACAAAGCAUGUAAACAAAACUAAUUGUCUAUGUAAGCGAAACAUGAAAAACGCAGAAACAAAUUAAACAUAAGACACACAGUCUAAACUACGCUGAUAUUGUACAAUAGGCAAACACAAUGUUAAAGUGGAAUGAUAAUGCUAUACAAAAUAUACGAAAUCUAGUAGAAAACAAG